AUGAAAGAUAAAGCAGCUGAACCACAAGGGCUGCCGUCCACUGAAGAAACCAAACUUGGCUCUAUCCUCGAUGAUCUCACAGAGGAAGUUCAAGAUGUUAAAGAUUCAAUACUUCAUAUUUCUCAAAAAUAUAGACAAGAUUUAACAAAUCAAUUGGAACAUUCAUACAAGUUUGAGCAACAUAUUGCUCGAAACUUUCAAAGAUUGAAUAAGAAAUCUAAAAGAGUUUAUCAGAAAUCAGAGUCAUUGAACACCUCAUUGAAUAAAACAUUGGAUCACCUCAAAUCAUAUGAUGAAUUGAACUGCCUAUCCACAGAUAUCACUGAUUCAGUUUUUGGUAUUUUGGAAUCAUUGACCAAAAUUGAAAUGCUUUUACCAUACAAUGAAAGAUUAAGUGUCAGAGACUCUCCUCAUAGGGCACAUUAUCCAAAUUUGUACAAGUUGUUGAACCCGAAGGAAGAAGAAGAUGAUACUAUACGGGACCAGGACGAGCUGUCAAGUUUUGAACAAUUGGAGAUACAAGGUGAAGAGGAGUACAAUGAGGCUGAUGAAAGUAGUAACGGUGAAGCAGGGCCAGAUGAGGUAGAGGAAGAAGAUGAAGAUGAUGGUGUGGAAUUACAAAGCGUGGUACCCAGUGAAGAUGUGAGAAGUGAUACAAUAAAGCCAGAAGUUGAGACUGAGGAACCCAAUUCGAAGAAACAAAGUGAAUAUGAACCUGAAAGUAAAGGAGAAUUAAUAGAUCAUGAUCUCCCUGAAAAUAAAACUGAUAAUGGGAAAAAUGCAAACUUACGUGAAGAAUCUCCAGAAAUCAAGAAAGUUUCAGAGGAUACCAAGAAUGAGGAACUAGGCCUCGCUGACCUACAGAAAAAACAAGAGUUAGAGUUGGAAACUGUGAUUGAUAACUAUAAAACCAACAAAGAGUCGAAGCAGCAAAAAUCUCAAAUGCUGGAGUUAACGCCACAACAGGGCUAA